UACGCGCACGCGACGAGCUGGCGUUGGUCAGGCUGAGUUCAGAUUCGCAGUUCCUUCAAUACCCUCGUGGCGUAGCGAAUCCUGCUCAUUCAGAAACUCAGACUUGGCGCGAGACCGCCGCUGUCCUGGCGAGAAACGCCUGGAGCUGUUCUGGCUUAGAGUAGACCGUGACAGCCGCUUUCGGCCAGAAUCGUAUCUCACGAGACAGCUAACAGUCUGACCUCGUCUCUUAGGCCUUAACUGAGUUCCCGUCCCGAAUCAAGGCAGAAUGUUAUAGACGCCAUUCCCGAGGGCCUUAUCUCUUCUCACUUCGUUACGGGUUACAUUCGAUCUUGGACUUAUUAUAAAAUGGCCCUGUCCAUAGCCAUUCUUCUCUUAUGCGCGAUCGCGACAGCCGACUCAGCAGAUCGUAGCCCUCAUAUCGAUGCGCCUUACCAUGCGGCUAUCAACAGUACUACGAACCGUAACGUCGCGCACGCGGCGGCGGUUUCUUCCCUUUCCACUCUUCGCGAUGCCUUCACGAAUCAGACGACGCACCGUUCUGGCGUCGGACGUCAACGACUCCGUCUAUCCAGCCGGCUAGCCGUUCGCCGUGACGCUCCGUCAACACCCGACGGCAAGGAGCCAUCUCCUUACCGCCGCUCUCUCUCCGCCUCGGAUCCGCACGCUUCCGCGAGCAAGGCUGUUCUUCCGCCGAACCCUUCCGAUCCGCACUCGGCACCCCAAGCCGUCCUUCCGCCCCCCGUCCCUAACCAUCCGAGCCCGCCGAGCAUCUCUUCUGGUCCGAGCCUCUUUUCCUUGCCGAGCCUGGCCUCCAUUUUCGCUUUCAUGCAGCCUCGGGAUCCGAGGCAGGUUCCGCCGACUUCUUCCCCCCAGCGCUCCCCGUCCCCCCUGUCCUGCCCCCUCCGGUCCUGCGCCCCCCAAUCGCGCGGCCUCCGCCGGUCAAACCCCCCCGCGUGCCCCUGCGCCGCCUCCGCCAUUUUUCCAGCCGUGGCCAAUCAACGGCCAGGGAAUCUUCAACGUGCUACAGUUCGGGGCGCGCGCGGACGGGCGCACGGACAACACGGACGCGUUCCGCCGCGCGCUGCAGUCCGCGUGCGCGUGGGGAAAGGCGCGGAACGGGUACGCGCGAGUGGUGGUGCCCGCGAGCGGGCUGUUCCAGAUCUUCCCGGUUGAGCUGGAGGGCCCGUGCGGCGCCGGGCUGGAGGUGCUGAUCAAUGGCGGCAUUGCUGGGGCCGCCAACGUUACAAGUUACCCGAAACCGCGGAAGAGCAACGCGUGGGGGCUUUUGUUUUUCCGAGAGGUUGCGAAUCUGGCGGUCAGGGGAAGCGGGUGGAUGGACGGACGCGGCGCGGGGUUUUGGGCGAGGUCGAAGGGGAGCAAAAAACCCACUCUACUGUUCCUAAUGCACUGUGAUAAUGCUACAGUGCAAGGAAUAGGUUUAACGAACUCAGCCAAGGCACACCUCAAGGUGUAUGCCAGUAACGGACUGCUUAUAGAGGGUAUAACCACUCGCAGCCCAUUCAACAGCCCCAACACGGACAGCAUUCAGGUCUCCAGAGUUGAGAAUGGCGUCAUUCGAAACAGCCAACUGCAGGGAGGAGAUGACAACGUGGCCAUCGGUGAUGGCUGUCACAAUCUGCUGGUGGAGAAUCUUGUGUGCAUCAACGGCCAUGGAGUGAGCAUUGGAAGCCUGGGAAAGGAUCGUGAAACGGCCUGUGUGUCGGACGUGCUUGUAAGGAACGUGACUUUCACGGGGUCCAACAACGCUCUGCGGAUCAAGACGUACCAGGGGGGCAAGGGGCUUGUAUCGAACGUGACUUACCGGGACAUUCGAGUGACUGACGUCACUUGGCCUAUAAUAAUCGAUCAGUUCUAUUGUGACGCCUCUCCAAGUAAAUGCCGAGAGAGGAAGGAGGCAGUAGCCGUGACUGAUAUAAACUUCAUCAACGUGAAAGGAACGGCCAACGGCACCCAUGCCAUCCUCUUCAACUGCAGCCGCUCCGUGCCCUGCACCUCGCUGCUGCUCUCUGGCAUCGCCAUUGCGCCCUCUGCCAACCGCGCCAGCAGUUUGCUCCAAGUUGUGGCCGCCCAAUCUGGCGAAUCUUCUCAGUCUGUUGCGCCCUCUGCCAACCGGGCCAGCACCCUGCUCCAAGCUACUGCUGUUGCUGCUGAUGUGCUCUCUGCUUCUUCCUUCUCCUCCUCCUCCUCCUCCUCCUCCUCCUCCUCCUCCUCCUCCUCCUCCUCCUCCCCCUCCCCCUCCUCCUCCUCCUCCUCCUCCUCCUCCUCCUCCUCCUCCUCCUCCUCCUCCUCCUCCUCCUCCUCCCCAUUCUCCUCCUCCUCCUCCCCCUCUUCCCUCCGUACGUCAUCUGCCUCCUUUGAAUCAGACAUCCGCCCUCUCUUCCCUCACCUUCCCUCAUCCUACGUCUCUGCUUCCUCCUCUUCCUCCUCCUCCUCUUCACUCUAUCAAGUACCUCCUCUCUUAUCGGAGUUCAUCUCAGCCUAUGGCGUCACGACGGGCCUCCUCUUUCCAAUGCCCAAGGUAGCCGGGUGGUCCUCCCUCUCCCCGCUGCCCUACAGCCGCUGGCUCUCCAACGCCAUGGCUUCUCUCUGCGGAUCAGAGCGAGUCGCCUUCCCGCCUUUCCCUCCGCCUGUUGCCAAGGCCCCGGCCCCCAAGCCACCUUCUCUCAAGCCUCCCACUCUCUCCCUCUCUGCCUCUCAUCUUUCCCCUCCCUUCCCUUUUCUCCCCUCACCUCCCUUGCGCAGAUCAGAGCGAGUCGCCUUCCCGCCUUUCCCUCCGCCUGUUGCCAAGGCCCCGGCCCCCAAGCCACCUUCUCUCAAGCCUCCCGCUCUCCGCAAGCCUCCCCCUUCCCUCAAGACUCCCCCUUCCCUAAAAUCUCCUCCACCAAAGAAGCCUACCCCAGUCGUACCUUCCCCCAAGCGACUACCACCCUCCUCAUCCUCCUCGUCCUCAUUAACGUCAGCAUCUAACCCAUCCCAGCUGUUCCCACGCACGGACUCCUCACCAUCGCCUCCUAACCCCUCCCAGAUCUUCCCUCUCAUAAACCCGCCAUCUGCAUCGGCAUCUCGUUCUAAACCUUCCCAACUGUUCCCUACUGCUGCACACGCAGCUUCACUGCACCAGCAGCAGCAGCAGUUCACCUCACCCUCCUCCUCCCUCCCCACUCCCACAUCGUUCUUUGCUGCUCGCCUGGUGCAGUCAGAAGAGGCUCGAGCACAGGCCAGGAGACAGGAGGCAUCUCACGUUCAACAUGCUCACACUUCCCUUAGUCACAUUCGGUCUUCCGGACGCUUGUAUACACUUGCCUCCACGCAUACCUCUCCUCCCCCUCCCCAUCACUCUCCUUCAUCUCCCCCUCCCUCUAGUUCCUCUCCCCUUCCUCUCCCCUCCCCAACUCCCCCCCUCCUUCCUUACCUACCGCUUCAUCUACCUGACGGCCAAACACACCCUUGAACACCGCACAGCACCACACUGCAUUGCACUUCGACACUCUGCACACACUGCCUCGACGCACUACAGAGCGCUGCACCAGCACACACUCGGUGGCAGUACACUCGUAUGCAUUUUAUAGACACCACCAGCACGGGCACACAUGCCGCGGCUCUCAGCUCGAGAGCUUAGAUGGGCGACUACAAUAGAGGCCCUUAGUAAGAGCUGGAUUUGCCUCUAAUGCAUUGGUGCGCCCCCUUGAUUCGUUUCAGGCCACACUGAAAAAUAGGGUUUCUAGUUUUCUGAUUGGUUGGCCCGGGUUUUUCCACAUUGAACACUGAUUUUUCAGGGUCGGUACGGUAAAGCACCCUGUAAAAAGGCGAAAUUUGCGUUGUUUUUUUUUUU